GUGAAGGGAAUACAAAUCGUAGGCGCUGAAUUCUCAGUAAACAAUGUGACAAACGAAAUCUUGAACAGCUGUGUUAAAUAUUUGAUAACUAAAUUAUCUCAUUUUCUCUCCCGAGAUAAUGAACCAGUACAUUAUCUCUUCCAUGAUAAGAGGAAUCACACUAUCACACGAUAGUUGUCGCAAUCGAAACGUGACGAUUUUGCAACGGCAGUAGUGCGCUAUUCAUUCGCAAUUUAGUGGCAGUAUGGAUCGGAUCGUGAAAUGUGUGGUGCUCGUUUGCUUAGUGGGAGUGCCUUUGUGUAAAGGCAUCAAUAUACUCUGCUUGAUGGGCGUUCCUAGCCCAAGUCAUCACAUCUGGAACCGGGUUUUGAUGGAAGCUUUGGCCUCUAGGGGAUACAACCUAACAAUCGUCUCACCUGAUGUGGAAAAAGUUCAGAAGCCUAAUUUAACGUACAUUCAUCUUGAAGAGGUUUAUCAUACAAUACAUGAUGGUGAUACCGCAAUUGAUUUCUACGAAAUGGCACAGCAGAAUCUUGUCACAAGCAUGUUCACUUUCUACGAAUAUGCUUAUUCACUUUGCGAAGGAGUUAUGCGAUCCAAAGGAUUGGACACAAUCUUAAACUAUCCAGAUAACUUCAAGUUUGAUUUAGUGCUGUACGAUUUCACCUGCGGACCAUGUUUGAUGGGAUUGUACGACAAAUUUGGCCAACCACCGUUAAUUGGAGUUACUGCUUUCAAUAUUCCACCAUAUACAGUGGAUUUUAUCGGUGGUCACAAAUAUCCGGCCUACAUACCGUAUUAUACGUUAACGUACGACACAGACAUGACAUUCUUUCAAAGGCUGGAGAAUUUGUUCAUCUACACCGUGGAUUAUUUCUAUCGUAACUACUACUAUAUUCCAAAGACGGACGAAAUGCUCCGGCGAAUGCCAGUGUUCAGAGAUGGUCCAUAUUUAGGAGAUUUGGACAGAAAAAUGAAAUUAAUGCUGGUGAACUCUCACCACUCAGUUGACUUUCCAGAACCCAUUCCACAAAACAUGAUUCAAGUUGGUGGCCUGCAAAUCAUACCUCCUAAGCCACUAUCAGCAGAAAUUGAGGAAUUCAUCAAGAACUCUAAAAAAGGUGCAAUUCUGUUUUCCCUGGGAACCAACGUUUUGAGCUCAGAUUUGGGAGAAGAACGCAUCGAAAUGUUUUUGGAGGCAAUCGAAAAGUUCCCAGAUUACAACUUUCUGUGGAAGUUUGAAGCGGAUCAAACAAAGUACAAGAUUCCCAAAAAUCUGAUGAUGCGCAAAUUUUUACCACAAAAUGACAUUCUGGCAAACCCACGAACCAAGCUAUUCAUCACUCACGCUGGAUUAUUGAGUACUCAUGAGGCAACUUGGCAUGGCGUACCGAUGGUCGGAAUUCCGUUUAUAGCUGAUCAAUAUCGAAAUCUGGAGAAAUCAUUAAGAGCGGGAGUAGCGGAAAGGUUGAUUGUAUGGACGUUGACCACAGAUAAAAUUGUGCAAACUGUCCGUAAAGUUCUGGAGAAUCCUUCGUAUCGUACGAAAAUGCGUGAAAAGUCUGCCUUGUUCCGCGAUCAACCGGAAAAACCAUUGGAACGUGCUCUCUGGUGGAUCGAUUGGUGUCUGCGUCAUCCAGAGGCGGAAACCAUUCAAUCGCCCACUCUGCGCUUAGGGUUGUGGAAGAGUGAAUUGUACGAUGUUAAAAUUUUCGUAAUUUUGGCUGCUGUGGCUGUAUUCUUAGGUGUGAAAAGAGUUUUCAGUGUUCUAACCGGAACUAAUAAAAGUCACAUAAAGCAUAAGAAAAAGGUAAACUAGGUUCCGUAUUUUGCGUAGAUUCUGUGAUGUAAUAGAUACUAGUGAAUUGUUCAUGACAAAUGGAUUGAAUCGCUGUUCGUGAAAGUAACGUGAUAUUAUAAAA